AUGGAGAAACGUCAGCCAGCCGGACCGCUGACCGUGCCGUGCCCGCUGCCCCUGGCCCGAGUCCCUACCGGGGAUGCCUUCGGGGUCUCCGAGCGCCUGGACGCCGCGCGCCGCUGGGAGCGGAGACGGCCGUGCCCGCCCCUGCCGCUGGAGGGCGCCGCGGAGCCCGCCUUCCUGCGCCUGCGCAACGAGCGCGAGCGGCGGCGCGUGCGCUGUGUGAACGAGGGCUACGCACGCCUGCGGGACCGCUUGCCCCGCGAGCUGGUGGCCCGCCGGCUCAGCAAGGUGGAGACGCUGCGUGCCGCCAUCUGCUACAUCCGGGACCUCCAGGAGCUGCUGGAGCGCCACGCGUGCGCCCGGGACAGCCCGGCGGGGGCCGCCCCGCAGCGCAGGGCCGAUUGCAACAGCGACGGCGAAUCCAAGGCCUCCUCGGCGCCGUCGCCCUGCAGCGAGCCCGAGGACGCGGCCUGCUAG